AUGGGACACGCCGAGCAGCGAGAACCCCCCCAGCUCGGCGGCGCGGCGCCGCACAAGAGCCAGAGAAGCAGCCCGGCGCCGGAUCGCCGAGCCACCACGAGCGGCGGCAGCAGCGACCACGGGCUCUGCAGCCGCUGCUGCAGCCGAAACGACGUUGACAGCCACGCCGCCUCGCCCCCUUCGCCCGGCGGACCGGCCAGCGACAGGGGGGACCUGGCCGACGGAGCGGUCCACACGCCCGCGCGCUUCGCCAGCCCGAGCGUCGCCUCCAGCCUGGCCUACUCGAACGCGGGAUUCAGCAUCAGCCCGCUGCGGCGGGAGCUGUCGCACACAACGCCCCCCAAGGGCGUCGAUGCCGUGACGACGCGCGCGGCGAGGCACGACCUAGCCAGGCGUCUCAGCCGGCUGGCUCGGCGGCUGACGUACGACGGCUCCGAACACGUCGACGAUUUGGUGCUGGGCAACCAGCUCGAGCGGCUCGAGAGGGCGGUGGGCAGCAGCCCGACCGCCCACGGGGACGCGCCGGACUUCGGGCUCUGCCUCGGCCUCGGGCCCAGGAGCCUGCCCUAUCCGCCGGGGGUCCGGAGCCCGGUCCGCAGCGACGCGGGGUCGGCCCUGGCAUCGCCGGCCUCGUCCUUGUACAAGUCGCAGUUUUCCGACCUCUCGGCGUCGCUGCUUAGGGAACGUCAGGCCGAGAAGGACCUGGAGGAGGAUGAGCCGCCCCCCAAGAGAGGAAUGACGGCCUCGCAAGCAAGCAAGGUCAUUGCCGAGAUGGCCAAGCUCAACGAUGAACUGUCCGCCGUCGUGACCAACCUCAAGGCUCGGCAGGAAGAAUCCCAACAUAUCCAAGGCCUCCUCAUCGAGCGCGCCGAACGCGCCGCCCAACGCAUCAUCUUUCUGCAGAACCGCAUCUCUUAUCUGGAGCACGAGCUGCAAGAAAACGACGACGAGAUCCAGCACCUCCGCAUAUGUCUCAAAGCCGUCGAGAUACAAAUGCCGCCCCAUCCCGACAAGGACCUCCAGCGAUGCAUCGCAACCUUCAAGUCCGACUACCAGGCCCUCAAGCGCAAGCGAGCCCACCGCGCAAACAUCGCCAGCGUCAUGGGGUUCGACUCUCCCACGCGGUAG